AUGAAUAAUGUUUGUUUCAGUGAACAUGCUCGUAAUUCAUCGAGUGUACCGAUUUUUUAUUCAUCGAAUUAUGAGGAUACGCUCUUGAUGAGAUGCGGUUUGGAUAGUGCAACCGUACGACGAGAUGCACCGUCAUUUUUCGACAUGGAUUCAACCAGCUUACCUGUCCUAUAUUCGCCAUCGUUUUCUAGCAACAUCGAGCCCUCUGUAGAUCGAGGAGAACAGUGUUCUGACACUGAUCAUGAUCGCAUUUUUGGAAGUGGUAAGAAUUUUGAGAAUUCAGUUGAUAGUUGCUUCAGUCUGGAAUCCAGUCAACCUCAAGUUGCUCCUGUUGGUGUCUUGGAUUCUUCAGUAAGGCUUCCUGAACAGAUUGUCACAAAUCUUUCGAGAGCUCAUCAUAUUCGUCAGGUACCAGUAGAUUCCCAUCAGAACUCUGUUCGUUCGAAUUCGGAAACCAACAAAAGCAAUCAGUCAUCUGGUGGUAUGCGUGUACCGUUGUCGUCUACGAAGCCAACGCAUUCUUUCGAACGAACUUCUCAGUCAACGAGCUCAAUCAAAAGACCCACUCUACGAGAGUUACGAAAUUGUUCGAAGCCAGCAGUCACCUCAAAGCGCUCAUCGCAGUUGAGAAAUUUGUCAUCACGCAAUCACCAUUCGAGUUUCUUCAGUGUUUUUCCAUUAAUUCAGCGCAAAUAUUCACCGAAAUUACAUCCCACUUCCCAUUUUCGCAUGACACUUGAGCAGAGUGGUGAAUUGAACGUAUCAGAUCAGCUGAUUAUGAAGAAUGUAUCUGAAAUGGACUGUGUCAAGGAAGAUGCUGAUGUGAAGAGUGACUCAUGA